ACUAAUUUUCAUUGCCUUUUGCUUCUCCAUUUUGUGAUAAUAAUAAUAAUGGGAAGAACACCUUGUUGUGAAAAAGUGGGCAUCAAGAGAGGCAGAUGGACUGCAGAAGAAGAUCAAAUUCUCACUAAUUAUAUUAUUUCUAAUGGAGAAGGCUCUUGGAGGUCGUUACCUAAAAAUGCCGGAUUAUUGAGAUGCGGAAAGAGUUGUAGACUACGAUGGAUUAAUUAUUUGAGGUCUGAUCUCAAGAGAGGGAACAUUACUUCUCAAGAGGAAGAUAUAAUUAUAAAGUUACAUGCAACUUUGGGUAACAGAUGGUCUCUUAUAGCAGAACAUUUAUCAGGUAGAACAGACAAUGAGAUAAAAAACUAUUGGAACUCUCAUCUAAGUCGAAAAGUUGAUAGCUUAAGGAUACCAAGCGAUGAGAAGUUACCUAAAGCCGUAGUUGAUUUGGCUAAAAAAGGUAUACCGAAGCCAAUUAAAAAAUCAUCGAUUAGUCGACCAAAAAAUAAAAAGUCAAACUUAUUAGAAAAAGAAGCAUUGUGUUGUACAAAUAUGCCAGCUUGUGAUAGUGCCAUGGAAUUAAUGCAAGAAGAUCUAGCAAAGAUAGAGGUGCCAAAUUCUUGGGCAGGACCUAUAGAGGCCAAGGGAAGCCUUAGUUCAGAUAGUGAUAUCGAAUGGCCAAGACUCGAGGAGAUUAUGCCAGACGUGGUGAUUGAUGAUGAAGAUAAGAACACAAAUUUCAUAUUGAAUUGUUUCAGAGAAGAAGUAACGAGCAAUAAUGUAGGGAAUAGUUAUUCAUGUAUCGAGGAAGGUAAUAAAAAGAUAUCAAGCGACGAUGAAAAAAUCAAAUUAUUAAUGGAUUGGCAAGAUAAUGAUGAGUUAGUAUGGCCAACGUUACCAUGGGAAUUAGAAACGGAUAUAGUUCCCAGUUGGCCACAAUGGGACGAUACUGACACUAACUUACUUCAAAAUUGCACCAAUGAUAAUAAUAAUUAUGAAGAAGCAACAACAAUGGAAAUUAAUAACCAAAAUCAUAGUACCAUUGUAUCUUGGCUUUUGUCUUAGAAAUAUAAUAAUAUGACAUUAUAUAUUGCUUUUGAAUAUAUUACUCAACUCUUUUUGUUUCGUUUUAUAUUUGGAAUGUGGGAAU